AUGUCCAGUGAAGGGUACCAGGAGAGGCAGCUGCUGAUUGAUUUGAACACAAACUAUCCUGAUGUGUUGGUAGUUAUUGGGAAAACACUUUUAGGAAAGAGUUCCAGAAAGAAGAAGUCUAGCAAUCAGAAAACAGAAAAAGUAUUUUCCAUAGCAAUGUGUGCAUUGCUGAAUUCAGGAGGAGGAAUAUUAAGAAUGGACAGUGAGGAAAGAAUUACUUCUUCUGGGAGGAUGGCAUUUGUGGACAUAGAGACGAGCCUCAGAGAUUGCACUAGCAGAAGCAAGGCCUCUGAAUACUUUGCAUGGAUGCAGCAGGGGAGUAACCUGCUGCUUUUUGUUAAAACAUGGAGCUGUGGAGGCCCAGAGAUGGGGGGUGCAGCCACAAAGUUGCACCUCUGCAGCUUAACCACUGGUUUGUUUUAUAGGGCCAGCAUAUUGGUUUAUUCUGUGACUUCCAGAGAAGCUCCUGAAUUCCUGAGGAAGAAAAACUGUGCCAAGUGCCACACUGAGAAUGAACUGACCCCCAAGACAGCUCAGCUGAGUUUUGAUGGGGGAGCAAAAGAGACUCCUCUGAACAUCCAAGAGCACAACAUCCAAAAUGCUGUGGCGAGAUUUAUAAAGAAAGAUGAAGUGCUGGUUGGGGAGGUCCUGGGUUUCACAGAGGCAACACAUAUUGAAUUUAAGGAAUGCAGUACAAAGAGUAGCUUGUAAUAUAUCAAAAAAACCCUUCCUAAAUACAUCUCUGCCUUUGCAAACACUGAGGGUGGAUUUUUUGGUGUGGAUGACAACGGUAAAGUCACCGGGACCGACAGUAACAUAGAGAAAGUAGCCUUAGAACAAACAGUAGCUGAUGCCAUUGGCUCAAUGCGAGCCCAUCACUUCUGUGGCUCUGGGGCUGGUGUGCAGAUGCAAAUGCACAUCUUGCGUGUUUAUGACCAAGCAGGCUGCUCACAGGGCUAUGCCUGUGCCAUGCACAUUGAGCCGUCCUGCUGCCCUGUGUUCGAUGAUGACCCUCAAUCCUGGAUGGUGCUGGGCAUUGUCAGGGAGGAGAGUGUGGGGGACUGGGCACUGACCAAAAGACUGAGCAUCAGGAAAUGGAUGGAGUUCAUGACAGCUGCAGACCCAGAUAAAUAA